AUGCUCCAGGACGUCGAAGACGCCAACACGCUUUACGAGAACCCGGCCACAAAUCUCCUCAAUCUCCUCUGGAAUCCUCUCAUCCUCUCUCACACAGCUCCUCACCUCUCCGUCCAUGAUCGCCUGAGCCUCGCAUCCACCAGCCGAAGCUUCCGGGAUCUUGUAAACCACACACCAGGUGUAUUCAGACACCUCGAACUGACCCACGUCAAGAGUGCGCAGUUUGACAUUGAUGGCAUUGACCGCGGUGGCGAAGUUUGGCGCAACGUCCAGCUUGACGAGAAUUUGACCGAAGAUGACUUCUAUUCCGGCCCGUUGAGAGGCAUCUUUUCCAUUUUCCGCCGCCGAGACAUCCUCCAAGAUGUGCAGACGCUGAUCCUCGACGGCCUGUCCGUCACCGCCGAGCUCUGCCACGAGGUCAUCAACGACCCGGCUUACAGCGUGCGCAUUCUCUCCGUCCGCGGCGCGAAGAACCUCAACGAGCGCAACCUCUGCCGCUCCCUUCAGUAUGCCUGCAGACCCUCGCGACCGGAGGGCACGCCCAGGCUGAAGGGUCUGUACGUCUUCGGCGCCCGAGACAGCCAGCUGUCCCCGAUGACGGCAUCGGGCGUCUCCGCCGCCGCUGCGGUCUCGCACGCCGCGCAGAUCGGCGCAGGAUGGAACGCCAAGUCCCAGCAGGCCUUGAGCUCCGCUCUGCGCAGCGAGGGAGACGACUGGUACCAGAAGAAAGGCCGCGUCGUCACCAGACACCUCGUCGAAGAGUGGGCCAACACCCUGGUCGACUGCCACGGCAUCAUCGCCUUCGAUGCCGUUCCGUGUUCCGGCCCUCACCACAUCAACUCUCCGGCGUAUGGUAAGGUCAAGAUCCCGGCCUCGGCGCGGCAUUGGGCCGUGGCGACCGUCGCAUUGGGGGGCUGUGCCGGUUGCGGCGCCGCUCCGGAGGGCAUGACCGUCCACGAACACACCCCGGCGAGCCAUCGUCCGCUUUUGUCUCCGCCGCCGAUGUUGACCUCCUCGAUCAAGGCCGCGACAACGCCGCAGCCCGGCACCGGUCCCGGCUCGACGUCCUCCUUCGUCGCCCGAUGCGUCGACUGCCUCCGCGAGCGCUACUGCGCCGGCUGCAACAAGUGGUGGUGCGAGGAAUGCUACCAAACCCCGAGCGCCGCGAUCGAGCUGGCCGAAACCGACGUCAUCAUCGUCGACCCCGAGGGCGGCUCCUGGGUCCAGCACCAGGAGCAACAGAGCCAGCCCAAGAUCAAGGUACGAAACGGCAAAUGCUUCCCGGAAUGCACCGCGAGCGAGGUCAUCGAUGCGCAGAAUGAAGUGUUGCUGGGCUAG